CUCCGAUUCCGCCCGAAGGUACGGAAACUCGCUGCGGAGGUGGAAGGCAGGCAGGCGGACGGACGCCGGCGCUGCGCGUUCCCUCCCUCCUCCUCCUCCAGCCUGCCAGCCAGCCACCCAGCCGCAGCGCCCCACCGCAAGAAGCCGGAGGAGAGCGCCGAGGAGCGCGCGAGAUUUUAUCCUGAUGGCUGACUCGAAACCACUCUUUUCCCUUGAUGGGGACCCGGUGGCUGCCGAAGCCUUGCUCCGGGAUGUGUUUGGGAUUGUGGUGGAUGAGGUCAUUCGGAAAGGGACCAGUGCUUCGGAGAAGGUCUGCGAGUGGAAGGAACCAGAGGAGCUGAAGCGGCUUCUGGAUCUGGAGUUGCGCAGCCAGGGCGAGGCACCAGAGCAGAUCCUGGCGCGGUGCCGGGCGGUGAUCCGCUAUAGCGUGAAGACCUGUCACCCGCACUUCUUCAACCAGCUCUUCUCAGGGUUGGAUCCCCACUCUCUGGCCGGGCGCGUUAUCACUGAGAGCCUCAACACCAGCCAGUACACUUAUGAAAUUGCCCCGGUGUUCGUACUCAUGGAAGAAGAGGUGCUGAAGAAACUCCGGGCCCUGGUGGGCUGGAGCUCUGGGGAUGGGGUCUUCUGCCCUGGUGGCUCCAUCUCCAACAUGUAUGCCAUGAACCUGGCCCGCUAUCAGCGCUACCCGGAUUGCAAGCAGAGGGGCCUCCAGGGACUGCCACCCCUGGUACUCUUCACAUCAAAGGAGUGUCAUUACUCCAUUAAGAAGGGAGCUGCUUUUCUGGGACUUGGCACCGACAGUGUCUGGAUAGUCAAGACAGAUGAGAGAGGGAAAAUGAUGCCUGAAGAUCUGGAGAGGCAGAUCAGUCUGGCUGAGGCUGAGGGCGCUGUGCCAUUCCUGGUUAGUGCUACCUCUGGCACUACUGUGCUGGGGGCCUUUGACCCCCUGGAGGCAAUUGCUGAUGUGUGCCAGCGUCACGGGCUGUGGCUCCACGUGGAUGCUGCCUGGGGUGGGAGCGUCCUGUUGUCACAGACACAUAGACAUCUCCUGGAUGGGAUCCAGAGGGCUGACUCCGUGGCCUGGAAUCCCCACAAACUCCUCGCGGCAGGCCUGCAGUGCUCAGCUCUUCUUCUCCGCGAUACCUCGAACCUGCUCAGGCGCUGCCACGGCUCCCAGGCCAGCUACCUCUUCCAGCAGGACAAGUUCUACGAUGUGGCUCUGGACACCGGAGACAAGGUGGUGCAGUGCGGCCGCCGUGUGGACUGUCUGAAGCUGUGGCUCAUGUGGAAGGCGCAGGGCGGGCAGGGGCUGGAAUGGCGUGUGGACCGGGCCUUUGCCCUUGCCUGGUACCUGGUGGAGGAAUUGAAAAAGCGAGAAGGAUUUGAGUUGGUUAUAGAGCCUGAGUUUGUCAACGUGUGUUUCUGGUUCGUGCCCCCCAGCCUGCGGGGGAAGCAGGAGAACCCAGAUUACAGUGAAAGGCUGGCUAAGGUGGCCCCAGUACUCAAGGAGCGCAUGGUGAAGGAGGGCUCCAUGAUGAUUGGCUACCAGCCCCAUGGGACCCGGUGCAACUUCUUCCGUAUGGUUGUGGCCAACCCUGCACUGACCCGGGCCGAUAUGGACUUCCUUCUCAAUGAGCUGGAACGGCUAGGCCAGGACCUCUGAGCCUCCUCCUUGCUGCUGGCCUCGACACCCCCCCUCACCCUCACUGUCUGUGUGUAUUCCCUUCCUGUGUUAUCAAGAGCAGAGUGAUCUUAACAAUGUUUAUAUGUGUUGACCCACUGACUCUUCUAUGAAAUAUUUGCUGUUGGGAUGCCUGGGUGGCUCAGUCAGUUAAGCAUCUGACUCUUGAUUUUGG